AUGAUGAUAUUUUUCAACUGGAUUUUGAUACUUAUACUUAAAGCCUAACUGCUUAUAUAUUAAUUAAAGGUGAGAGAUGAUGUAGAAGAAUGAUGUGAUUCAUGUAACUACAAUGGACACUUUAAUUAAAUAUUAUAUUUUUAGUAUUUUACUGCUAAAUCCUUCCCAUAUGUGGAUAUUAAUGAAGAAUUGUAAUUUUAAAAUAGCAUAUUCAAUAAUUAAUUGAGAAAAUUAGGAGGUAUUAUAAUGAUUUAUACUAAAUUCUGCAAUAAAUUUAUGGAUUUAAACUUUUACUAAAAACAGUAAAUCUAAAAGACCAUGAUGAAGCGAAUAUUUCACUAAAUAUAAUAACCAAGAUUUUUAUCACUAUGUUGA